AUGUCGCUACCGCCGUACUUGCUGGGGCCCAACCCUUGGGCCACCAUGAUGGCACAGCAGCAGUUGGCGGCUGCACAGCAAGCAGCGCUGCAGGCCCACGCCGCUGCCGCUGCAGCUGCGCCUCCUGUGCCACCAGCUCAGCCUCCAAAACCACAUCACAUACCUGAGGAGAAGAUAAAGGAAAAAGCUCAAAAAUGGAUGCAGCUUCAGUCCAAACGCUUUGCCGAAAAACGAAAAUUCGGCUUUGUGGAUGCGCAGAAAGAGGACAUGCCGCCAGAGCACAUUCGAAAAAUCAUCAGAGACCAUGGAGACAUGACCAGUCGCAAAUACAGACACGACAAACGAGUCUACCUGGGCGCAUUGAAAUAUAUGCCUCAUGCAGUCAUGAAGCUCCUAGAAAACAUGCCGAUGCCCUGGGAACAGAUACGUGAUGUAAAAGUCCUUUAUCAUAUCACUGGAGCCAUCACUUUCGUUAAUGAAAUCCCAUGGGUGAUAGAACCUGUUUACAUCGCUCAGUGGGGCACUAUGUGGAUCAUGAUGCGUAGAGAAAAACGUGAUCGUAGACACUUUAAGCGAAUGAGGUUCCCACCAUUCGAUGAUGAAGAACCACCCUUAGAUUAUGCUGACAAUAUUCUUGAUGUGGAACCUCUGGAGCCCAUACAGAUUGAAUUAGAUCCGGAAGAAGAUGGAGCUGUCGCAUCCUGGUUCUACGAUCACAAACCUCUGUUAGGUACUAAGCAUGUCAAUGGCUCUACCUAUAGGAAGUGGAAUUUGACACUGCCGCAAAUGGCCACUCUGUACCGUCUUGGAAACCAGUUAUUGACAGAUUUAGUCGAUGACAACUACUUUUACUUGUUUGACUCAAAAAGUUUCUUCACGGCUAAGGCUUUGAAUAUGGCGAUCCCUGGCGGGCCGAAAUUUGAGCCUCUAGUUAAGGACAACUCUGCUGGCGACGAAGACUGGAAUGAGUUUAAUGAUAUUAAUAAGAUCAUUAUUCGACAGCCAAUUAGAACUGAGUACAGAAUUGCUUUCCCAUAUCUGUACAACAAUUUACCACAUUUCGUGCAGUUAUCUUGGUACCACACACCCAACGUCGUUUAUAUUAAAACAGAGGAUCCCGAUCUGCCAGCAUUUUACUUCGAUCCAUUAAUCAAUCCGAUAUCUCACCGUCAUUCGGUCAAGUCUUUAGAUCCAUUGCCUGAUGAGGAAGAAUUUUUAUUGCCUGAAGAAGUCAGCCCGUUUCUUCAAGAGACUGCACUUUAUACAGACAACACAGCUAAUGGAAUUGCAUUGCUGUGGGCACCAAGACCUUUUAACAUGAGAUCAGGUCGCACAAGGCGUGCUAUCGAUGUACCCCUUGUGAAGACAUGGUACAAAGAGCAUUGCCCUCCUGGCCAACCAGUAAAAGUAAGAGUAUCAUACCAGAAAUUACUCAAGUACUAUGUACUUAAUGCUCUCAAACACAGACCUCCGAAACCACAGAAAAAGAGGUACCUAUUCCGCUCAUUCAAAUCAACAAAGUUUUUCCAAACUACAACACUAGACUGGGUAGAAGCUGGUCUACAGGUCUGCCGCCAAGGCUACAACAUGUUGAACCUGCUCAUCCACCGCAAGAACUUGAAUUAUCUACAUUUGGACUACAACUUUAAUUUGAAACCUGUAAAAACAUUGACUACUAAAGAAAGAAAGAAGUCCCGGUUUGGUAAUGCCUUCCACUUAUGUCGUGAAAUUCUUCGCCUAACAAAGCUGAUCGUCGACUCUCACGUUCAAUACCGUCUGAACAACGUAGAUUCGUUCCAACUUGCCGACGGUCUUCAGUAUAUAUUCGCGCACGUGGGACAAUUGACGGGAAUGUACCGAUACAAGUAUAAACUUAUGAGGCAAAUCCGAAUGUGCAAAGAUCUCAAGCACUUGAUCUAUUAUAGAUUUAAUACGGGUCCAGUAUCGAAAGGUCCAGGUUGCGGUAUCUGGGCGCCAGGGUGGCGAGUGUGGUUGUUCUUCAUGAGAGGUAUUACACCGUUGUUGGAGCGUUGGCUUGGCAAUUUACUGUCGAGGCAGUUUGAAGGAAGACAUUCAAAAGGUGUCGCUAAAACGGUGACGAAACAGCGAGUGGAGUCCCACUUCGACUUGGAGUUGCGAGCCUCUGUCAUGCACGAUAUUGUGGAUAUGAUGCCUGAAGGUAUCAAGCAAAACAAAGCUAGAACUAUCUUGCAGCAUUUGUCUGAAGCUUGGAGGUGUUGGAAAGCUAAUAUUCCUUGGAAGGUGCCAGGUCUACCAACUCCUAUAGAAAAUAUGAUUCUCCGCUACGUCAAAAUGAAGGCUGAUUGGUGGACGAACACUGCCCACUAUAAUCGAGAGAGAAUACGUCGUGGUGCUACAGUUGAUAAGACUGUUUGUAAGAAGAACUUAGGUCGACUUACACGAUUGUAUCUGAAAGCAGAACAGGAGAGGCAACACAACUAUUUAAAGGAUGGUCCAUACAUCUCGCCUGAGGAAGCUGUAGCAAUCUACACGACGACGGUGCAUUGGCUAGAAUCUCGUCGGUUCGCUCCUAUACCAUUCCCGCCUCUGUCCUACAAACACGAUACUAAGCUGCUAAUUUUAGCCUUGGAGAGAUUGAAGGAAGCCUACAGUGUCAAAUCUAGACUUAACCAGAGUCAGAGAGAAGAGUUAGGACUUAUAGAACAGGCUUAUGACAAUCCUCACGAGGCCCUUUCUAGAAUAAAGCGACACUUGCUUACGCAGAGGACGUUCAGAGAGGUUGGAAUAGAGUUCAUGGAUCUCUACUCGCACUUAGUCCCUGUUUACGACGUAGAGCCACUGGAGAAAAUUACAGAUGCUUACUUAGAUCAAUACCUGUGGUAUGAAGCUGACAAACGUAGAUUAUUACCUCCAUGGGUGAAACCAGCUGAUACAGAACCUUCGCCUCUCUUGGUGUAUAAGUGGUGUCAAGGUAUAAAUAACCUACAAGAUGUUUGGGAGGUGGGUGAAGGGGAAUGCAAUGUAUUACUAGAGUCACGUUUCGAGAAACUAUAUGAAAAGAUUGAUCUGACAUUGCUCAAUCGACUCCUGCGUCUUAUCGUGGACCACAAUAUUGCUGAUUACAUGACUGCCAAGAACAAUGUCAUCAUUAACUACAAGGAUAUGAACCACACGAACUCGUACGGGAUAAUUCGAGGUUUACAAUUCGCCUCUUUCAUUGUCCAAUACUACGGUCUAGUGCUAGAUCUAUUGGUACUCGGUCUACAACGUGCGAGUGAGAUGGCAGGUCCACCGCAGCUUCCCAACGACUUCUUGUCUUAUCAGGACAGACAAACAGAGUCUGCUCACCCAAUCAGAUUGUACUGCCGAUAUGUAGACAGGAUUCAUAUCUUCUUCAGAUUUUCGGCGGAAGAAGCUCGUGAUCUGAUCCAGCGUUACUUGACUGAACAUCCAGAUCCUAACAAUGAAAACAUAGUGGGAUACAACAACAAGAAGUGUUGGCCGAGAGAUGCCAGGAUGCGUCUCAUGAAGCAUGAUGUAAAUCUUGGUCGAGCUGUAUUCUGGGACAUCAAGAACCGUCUCCCGCGAUCCGUAACUACAAUUCAAUGGGAGAACAGCUUCGUGUCUGUAUAUUCUAAGGAUAACCCGAAUCUGCUGUUUAAUAUGGCUGGGUUUGAGUGCCGAAUUCUACCCAAAUGUCGCAGUCAGCACGAGGAGCUGUGCCACCGUGACGGCGUGUGGAACUUACAGAACGAAGUGACAAAAGAACGUACAGCGCAGUGCUACCUGCGCGUCGACGACGAGUCGCUCGCGCGCUUUCACAACCGCGUGCGGCAGAUACUCAUGGCGUCCGGCUCUACCACCUUCACCAAAAUCGUUAACAAGUGGAACACAGCACUUAUUGGUCUUAUGACGUACUUCCGCGAAGCUGUCGUCAACACUCAAGAGCUGCUCGACUUGCUCGUUAAGUGUGAGAACAAGAUCCAAACCCGUAUCAAGAUCGGUCUCAAUUCAAAAAUGCCUUCGCGUUUCCCUCCCGUGGUGUUCUAUACGCCGAAGGAACUUGGCGGGCUCGGCAUGUUGUCCAUGGGACAUGUUUUGAUUCCACAGUCCGACCUUCGGUGGUCGAAACAAACGGAUGUAGCCAUUACUCACUUCCGCUCAGGUAUGUCCCACGAUGAGGACCAACUUAUCCCCAACUUGUACCGCUACAUACAACCAUGGGAGGCGGAGUUCGUCGACUCGCAGAGAGUCUGGGCAGAGUACGCGCUCAAGAGACAGGAGGCCAAUGCACAAAACAGACGUCUAACAUUAGAAGAUUUGGAAGAUUCUUGGGACCGAGGUAUUCCUCGUAUCAACACGCUGUUCCAGAAAGACAGACAUACACUCGCCUACGAUAAGGGAUGGCGUAUUCGUACUGAGUUUAAACAGUAUCAGGUGUUAAAACAAAAUCCAUUCUGGUGGACCCAUCAACGCCACGACGGCAAGCUGUGGAAUUUGAACAACUACCGCACAGACAUGAUACAGGCUCUUGGAGGAGUCGAGGGUAUUCUCGAACAUACACUCUUCAAGGGCACAUACUUCCCUACAUGGGAAGGUCUGUUCUGGGAAAAAGCGUCAGGUUUCGAAGAAUCGAUGAAGUACAAGAAGCUAACCAACGCUCAAAGAUCUGGUUUAAACCAAAUCCCCAACCGUCGGUUUACGCUCUGGUGGUCACCGACGAUCAACAGAGCCAACGUCUAUGUUGGUUUCCAGGUGCAACUGGAUUUAACGGGAAUAUUCAUGCACGGCAAAAUCCCGACACUGAAGAUAUCUCUCAUCCAAAUCUUCAGAGCUCAUUUGUGGCAGAAGGUUCACGAGUCUAUCGUCAUGGAUUUGUGUCAGGUCUUUGAUCAAGAACUGGACGCGUUGGAAAUUGAGACAGUACAAAAAGAAACCAUUCACCCACGUAAAUCUUACAAAAUGAACUCAUCGUGCGCAGACAUUCUACUCUUCUCUGCAUACAAGUGGAAUGUUUCUAGGCCUUCAUUAUUAGCUGACACCAAAGACACAAUGGACAACACGACAACACAAAAAUACUGGCUGGAUAUACAACUGCGUUGGGGCGAUUACGAUUCUCACGACGUGGAACGUUACGCCCGAGCUAAAUUUUUGGACUACACCACUGAUAACAUGUCCAUAUACCCCUCGCCCACUGGACUGCUUAUUGCUAUCGAUUUGGCUUAUAACUUGCACAGUGCGUACGGGAACUGGUUCCCUGGCUGUAAGCCCCUUAUUCAACAAGCUAUGGCUAAGAUAAUGAAGGCAAACCCUGCUUUAUAUGUAUUGCGGGAACGUAUCCGUAAAGCAUUGCAGUUAUAUUCAUCCGAGCCUACUGAACCUUAUCUAUCAAGUCAGAAUUACGGCGAAUUGUUUUCUAAUCAAAUUAUUUGGUUCGUCGACGACACAAACGUAUAUCGAGUGACAAUCCACAAGACUUUCGAAGGCAAUUUGACUACUAAACCAAUCAACGGUGCCAUCUUUAUCUUCAACCCUCGUACUGGACAAUUGUUCUUAAAGAUCAUUCACACCAGUGUAUGGGCGGGACAAAAACGUCUUGGCCAGCUAGCCAAAUGGAAGACUGCUGAAGAAGUAGCUGCUUUGAUUCGUUCACUACCAGUGGAGGAGCAACCUAAACAGAUUAUUGUAACAAGGAAAGGAAUGUUGGAUCCUCUUGAAGUUCACUUGCUCGACUUCCCUAAUAUCGUGAUUAAGGGUUCAGAGCUGCAGCUGCCAUUCCAGGCGUGUCUUAAAGUAGAGAAGUUCGGUGAUCUUAUCCUAAAAGCGACGGAGCCACAAAUGGUAUUGUUCAACUUGUAUGAUGAUUGGCUCAAGACUAUCUCCUCAUAUACCGCAUUCAGUCGUCUCAUACUUAUAUUACGAGCACUUCACGUAAAUACAGAACGAACCAAAGUGUUACUCAAGCCAGACAAGACUACAUUGACAGAGCCUCAUCACAUUUGGCCAACAUUAUCUGACGAUGACUGGAUCAAGGUGGAGGUGCAGCUCAAAGACCUGAUUCUCGCUGAUUAUGGCAAGAAAAACAACGUCAACGUCGCCUCCCUAACACAAUCCGAAAUCCGUGACAUCAUUCUUGGUAUGGAGAUAUCGGCACCUUCCGCACAACGUCAACAGAUCGCCGAGAUUGAAAAGCAAAGUAAAGAACAGUCCCAACUUACUGCAACUACAACUAGAACAGUGAACAAACACGGUGAUGAAAUCAUCACCUCAACUACCAGCAAUUAUGAGUCACAGACCUUCAGCUCGAAGACUGAAUGGCGUGUGCGUGCUAUUUCCGCCACCAAUUUACAUCUCCGUACAAACCACAUUUACGUAAGCUCAGACGACAUCAAGGAGAGCGGCUAUACUUAUAUCCUCCCCAAAAACUUGCUCAAGAAGUUUGUCACUAUCUCUGACUUACGAGCGCAGAUCGCGUGCUACCUCUACGGCACGUCACCAGCCGACAAUCCAAUGGUCCGUGAAGUGCAGUGCGCAGUGGUUCCCCCGCAGUGGGGCACUCAUCAACAGGUGCAUUUACCGCGACAUUUGCCCAAGCACCCUGCUCUGCAACACUUACAGCCGCUGGGAUGGAUGCACACUCAACCAAAUGAAUUGCCUCAACUAUCGCCUCAGGACAUAACAACACAUGCGAAGAUAAUGGCCGAAAAUUCAUCGUGGGAUGGCGAGAAGACUAUCAUCAUAACGUGUUCAUUUACACCGGGUUCUUGUUCGCUAACCGCCUACAAACUGACGCCAAGCGGUUACGAGUGGGGCGCACGCAACACGGACAGAGGCAAUAACCCCAAAGGAUACUUGCCCAGCCAUUACGAAAGGGUACAAAUGCUGCUGUCUGACCGAUUUUUGGGAUACUUCAUGGUACCUUCGCAGGGUAGCUGGAAUUAUAAUUUCAUGGGUGUCCGUCACGAUCCGAAUAUGAAAUACGGCGUCCAACUAGGCAACCCUCGCGAGUUCUACCACGAGGUGCACCGGCCCGCUCACUUCAUGAACUUCGCCGCUAUGGAAGAUGCCGCCGCACCCACGCUGGCUGCCGAUAGAGAAGACUUAUUUGCAUAG